AUGGUCUUGUCGUGAAUGUGUCACCUGCAGCGCGCGCCACACAGCGCCUUUUCCCGCUGCAAUUUAUCAAAACGACGCGGUUUCAAAGGCGGUUAAAUAACAAGCAGAACUAAAUUACAGCACACUAUUGCCGCAGAAUUUCACAGAGAAUCGCAGGAAGAGGAUGUCUUUAGCUCGAAGUAUACAAAAUAGGCCUGGACGUCGAUAGGCGAAACAUAAAUCAGGAACUGUAAUGUUAUUAUAUGUUGCCAAUGGCUACGAGUGGAUGUGGAAAUACAGGUCUCGGUUUGCUUUGACCGUUUAUAGGAUUUCGUAGGCUUGAAAAUAUGCGUUUAAAAUAAACUGAGGAGGAAUUCUGCUAGACUCGUUUUUUUUGUUUUGGAGAAGACUGCAAAGACACGUUGGUUUUCAAGGACAUAUGACAAGGUUCACCUAUGGACUAACUUGUGAACUUGAACGUGCUACGGAUGAAAACAGAAACGGAAACCGCAGAGCUUUUGAAAGCCUUAUUUUACUUGAUAUAAAAUAACAACUGCAAACUUCCAGCAUACUGAGAUGCCCUGACAGAUAGUUGCGUGAUUUCGGUGGCAACAGCUGCCAGAGCGCAAGACCCCCUCCCGUCUCACAGCUCGCGCUGCUUGUGCACAGUGCGCAUGACAGACGGGAGCGAGCAGCACCGGAGAGGGAAAUUUAAAAACGUUUUUUUUCUUCUUUCGGGAGAACAAGUGCCCGAACCAACAGUAGACAUUUUUCCUCCGCAUCAUAACCCACGAUUGCCCGCAGCCUAGAGCAACUUCAACACAAACAGAAGAUGAUAGAAAGUGGAAGUACAACUAGGAUGUCAGGAAUCCACGAGAACCCUGGACAAAGUCACCACACCUCUGCACAAGAAUACAGCAGAUUGAAAAGACGAUGUGCAUUUCCUGAAAAGAUAAGAUCUUUUAGGAUACUCCUGACAACUGACCCCUCACAGCUUAAGAACGAGCUUCCCGGUGAUCUUCAGUCACUGUCCUGGCUCACGUCUGUGGACGUCCCCCGGCUGCAGCAGAUCGGGGGCAGGCGGCCUGAAUUCAGCAGCUCUGCUCAGAACAGCCUGCUGGACCAGCAGACAGCUCAGAUGACUAGCAUGACAGCAGGUGGAGCAGGAUCUGCGAUUCAUCUACAAAGUGAGAUGCAGCACAGUCCUCUAGCCAUCAACAGCAUGCCCCAGUUUUCACCCGGGUUUCCAUGUGCUGCCUCAGUGUACCAGACCACCCCUCAUCAACAAGUGCACACUUACACUCAGGCAAACCAACAGUGUUCUCCCGGUGGACUUUACGGCAACUUCAACAGCCAGAGUUUGUACCCUCAAGUCCGCAUGAACUCACACAACCAAGACCUGCAACCCAAGACUUUUCCCAAACCCAUUUACUCCUACAGCUGUCUGAUUGCCAUGGCUUUGAAGAACAGCAAAACAGGCAGUCUUCCUGUUAGUGAAAUCUACAGCUUCAUGAAAGAGCACUUUCCUUAUUUCAAGACGGCACCUGAUGGAUGGAAGAACUCGGUACGUCACAACCUGUCCUUGAACAAGUGCUUUGAGAAGGUGGAGAACAAGAUGAGUGGUUCCUCCAGAAAGGGUUGCCUCUGGGCACUCAACCCUGCAAAGAUUGACAAAAUGGAAGAAGAGAUGCAGAAAUGGAAACGCAAAGAUCUCCCAGCCAUCCGCCGCAGCAUGGCCAACCCAGAUGAACUAGACAAACUCAUUACAGACAGACCAGAGAGCUGCAGACAAAAGUCUGUUGAUACUGGCAUGACCCGCUUACCCAGCUGCCCCCCGGGCCAUACUCUUCCAGUACCGGCUCAUCUACAGUCCCAGCCCAUGGUCACACUGUCUCUGCAGUGCCUACCGAUGCAACAUCACCUUCAGCUUCAGCUCCAAAGUCAGUCCCGCCUCGCUCCCGCCUCCCCAGCCCCUGCUCAAACCCCCCCUCUCCUUACAGUCCCUGACCUGAUGAACAGCUCCCUGCUCCAGCAUCAUACUAAGCAGCUCAGCGACUUCUACUCCAUUCACACAGAUGCUAAUUCAGAGGUGGACGCCCUGGACCCCAGUAUUAUGGACUUUUCCUGGCAAGGAAACCUGUGGGAGGAUAUGAAGGAUGAUAGCUUUAACCUGGAGGCAUUAGGUACAAUUAGUAACUCCCCCCUACGCCUGUCUGACUGUGACCUGGACACUGGUCAUUCUACACCUGUGUCCAAUGCAGGAGGACUGUCCUAUCCAGACCUGCAGGUGACAGGCCUCUAUUCCGCAUACUCAGCUGUAGAUGCCCUCUCAAACCAGUACAUGAACACACAAGGGGCAACAAAGCCUAUUGUUUUGCUUUAAUCUCACCAUCAACCAAUUAAUACAGUCAAGAUUUACUCUGAACCUGUUACGUUUUGGCUGUAGCUUGUGUGGUGAAGACUCCAAUUAACUGCAAGGCAAACAUCUGAAGGCAGCCAAAAAAGACGAUUUUGCCAGAAGAUUCUUGCCAUGAAAGUGAUUUAAAAGUUAAAUAAAAAUACAGCCCAAACAUCAUCAUUGGUUAUACAAGUAUUACUGCUCCUUUUGAAUCUAAUGCAAAUAGUGAGUCAGUAAAUUAAAAAAUAAGGGAAACAAUGAAUUGGGGUUUGUUGCCAUCUGUACCAUUAAAGAAACUUGUUCUCUUCUGAUUUUGUCCUUUUAACUGUUAGCCUUGUAAUUGUAGUCGUGUGUCUUUUGUUGUACUGUGAUGAACACCAUAUCUGCUCUUUGGUUUUUGUGUUUAUUUAUAUUUAUGAAAUGAGCUGAAAUGGUGACAUGAAUCUUUGUUUAUUGUACAUAUCUGAAUAUUUGAAAUGUCUGCAAGCUAUAAAAUCUCACAACACUGAUAAAGAAUGUGGUUCAUUCAGCUCAAAUAAAAUUACCUCAUCAUCACUUUAGGACUGCUAUGUUAUAGUAUAGUUCAAGUACACCAUUCAUUUCUUAAAUUAAGUGCCACCUUGCAACACAAUGUGGUUGGUAACAUCUUAGUUAAAGGAACAGUUCAUGAUUUACUCACCCUCUAGUUGUUCCAAAACUGUAUAAACUUCUUUGUUCGGAUGAACACAUGGAAAGUUAUUUGGAAUAAUGCUUGUUACCAAACAGAUGUUGGCAACCAUUGACUACCAUAGUAGAACAAAUUGCUUAGUAAAUUUCUGUUUUGUUAAACCCAAAAGAAGGUAUUAUGAAGAAUGUAGGAAGCAAACAGUUCUGGGGCAGUACCAUUGUAAUUCUUCUACUAUGGUAGUCAAUGGUGGCUAAGAACUGUUUGGUUACAAACCAUUCUUCCAAAUAUCUUACCAUGUGUUCAUAUAUACAUGUAUCGGU